AUGGGAACCGGGGGCUGGGGGGGGGGGGGAGGACCGGGACGGGGACCAGGACAAGGAUCGGGGUCAGGGACCGGGAACGGGGAGGGUGAGGACCGGGACGGAGACCGGGACGGGGUCGGGGACCGGGACGGGGACCGGGUCGGGGACCGGGACGGGGUCGGGGACGGGGUCGGGGACCGGGACGGGGACGGGGACCGGGACGGGGACGGAGACCGGGACGGGGUCGGGGACGGGGUCGGGGACCGGGACGGGGACCGGGACGGGGACCGGGUCGGGGUCGGGGACCGGGACGGGGUCGGGGACGGGGUCGGGGACCGGGACGGGGACGGGGACCGGGACGGGGACGGGGACCGGGUCGGGGUCGGGGACCGGGACGGGGACCGGGUCGGGGUCGGGGACCGGGACGGGGUCGGGGACGGGGUCGGGGACCGGGACGGGGUCGGGGACCGGGACGGGGACGGGGACGGGGACCGGGACGGGGACGGGGACCGGGUCGGGGUCGGGGACCGGGACGGGGACCGGGUCGGGGUCGGGGACCGGGACGGGGUCGGGGACGGGGUCGGGGACCGGGACGGGGUCGGGGACCGGGACGGGGACGGGGACGGGGACCGGGACGGGGACGGGGACAGGGACGGGGUCGGGGACGGGGUCGGGGACGGGGACAGGGACAGGGACGGGGUCGGGGGUGAGGACCGGGUCGGGGUCAGGGGUGAGGACGGGGUCGGGGUCGCGGCGCCCCGGCCCCGGCCGCCCCCGCCACGGCGGGGCGGGUCAGAGGUCGCGGCCCGCGCGCUUCCGCCGCCGCCCGGCGUCCCGUCACCUCCGCGCCCGGACGGCGCGGCGGGAGCCGAGCGAGGUCCUCACCGGAGGCGGAGGCCGCCGCUGAGGGAGGGAGGAGGCCGGAGGAGGGCCCGGCCGCCGCCGCCGCCGCCGCGAUCCGCGUCUGGACGGAGCUCGCGCCGCCCGACCGCCGCCGCCGCCGCCGCGCGUCUCCCCGCCCCCGCCGCGCGCGUCGCCGUGACGUGA